GCGGUAGCUCCAGAGCCGGCUGAGAGAGCGCACCUCCUUCUCUAGCCACCACCUCGUAUCGUGCAGCCCCGGCCUUCACCCCAGAUUGGAGGGAGCCUAGCCAGUGAAUCUGGGGAAGACAAACUUAUGAGAAAGACGAAGGCUUAAGGCACAGCGGAGGACAGCUCAGCAAUGGCUCUCGUUUUUGGAGACGCAGGCGAAUUUGAGCUCAUAGGGAGGUGUGGUCGCCUCCUGGGGGGACGGAAAGGCUCCAUUUCUCCGCCUCUGUAGCCGGUGCUUCUGAGGAGUGAAUGGAUGUUUGGAGCCUGACUUCAGACAGGAAUUUGGGUCUUUUGUGCAUAGCAGCGGAAGGUGUCCAGGAAGGGCCUCUGCUACAGAUUGUCUUUGCUUCUUGGGGAAACGCAAUGCGCUGCCUGACUUCUCAUGACGGGAAAGCCUACCGUACCUUUUCUGUACUCCUGGAGGGGAGUCUUGCUUACAUGUUUACCAGCGGCUAGGACAAGGAAGAGAAAAGAAAUGAGCCGUCAGACUGCUACAGCAUUACCUACUGGUACCUCAAAGUGUCCACCAUCCCAGAGGGUGCCUGCCCUGACGGGCACAACUGCAUCCAACAAUGAUUUGGCAAGUCUCUUUGAGUGUCCGGUCUGCUUUGACUAUGUGCUUCCACCCAUUCUUCAGUGUCAGAGUGGCCAUCUUGUUUGUAGCAACUGUCGCCCAAAGCUCACAUGUUGUCCAACUUGCCGGGGCCCAUUGGGAUCCAUUCGCAACUUGGCUAUGGAGAAAGUGGCCAACUCAGUACUUUUCCCUUGUAAAUAUGCCUCUUCUGGAUGUGAAAUAACUCUACCACACACAGAAAAAGCAGACCAUGAAGAGCUCUGUGAGUUUAGGCCUUAUUCCUGUCCGUGCCCUGGUGCUUCCUGUAAGUGGCAAGGCUCUUUGGAUGCUGUAAUGCCCCACCUGAUGCAUCAGCAUAAAUCCAUUACAACCCUACAGGGAGAGGAUAUAGUUUUUCUCGCUACAGACAUUAAUCUUCCUGGUGCUGUUGACUGGGUGAUGAUGCAGUCCUGUUUUGGCUUUCACUUUAUGUUAGUCUUGGAAAAACAGGAAAAAUAUGAUGGUCACCAGCAGUUCUUCGCAAUUGUACAGCUGAUAGGAACACGCAAGCAAGCAGAAAAUUUUGCUUAUCGACUUGAGCUAAAUGGUCAUAGGCGGCGAUUGACUUGGGAAGCGACUCCUCGAUCUAUUCAUGAGGGAAUUGCAACAGCCAUUAUGAAUAGUGACUGCCUAGUCUUUGACACCAGCAUUGCACAGCUUUUUGCAGAAAAUGGCAAUUUAGGCAUCAAUGUAACUAUUUCCAUGUGUUGAAAUGGCAAUUAAACAUUUUCUGGCCAGUGUUUAAAACUUGCAUUCAGUUUCACAGAGAAUAAGGCACCCAUCUGCCUGUCAACCUGAAACUCUUUUGGUAGAUGGAAGCUAGACACAUGAAGGUAAAUAAAAAGAAAGGCUGUUAAACAAUACAGGAAACAGUUGCAUGUAGUAACACACUAAUAUAUUUAAAAAUAAGUCAACAGUAAACCACUGAAAAAAAUAUAUAUAUAUAUAUAUACACCCAAGAUGGGCAUCUUUUGUAUUAAGAAAGGAAGCAUUGUAAAAUAAUUCUGAAUUUUGUGUUGUAGAUUGAUUGUAUCGUUGAAAAUAUUGUUUUGUUUUGGCACGCGUGCGUGUGUGUGUGGUUUUUCUUCCCUUUAACUGACAAGCCAUCUUGAGUGGUCUUGGACCACUGCUUUUCUUUCCCUUUGUGAGUCAGUACAUAGUGCUGCUGUGUGUGUGUGUGUGUGUGUGUGUGUAUUUGCUAAUUUUUAUUAAUUCUAGUUUUUCAUUAAAUAAAUUUGACUUUCUUUUCUGUAAUUCAGGUUUUUCCUCACUUUUUUUGUACCAUUUUAAAGUUAGUAUCUUUUUGAUAAGCAUAAUUGUUUAUGGUAAAGUUUAUGUGUUCAAUACAUAUUUUCUUUUCCCCCAUUAAUCAGUUCAUCAGAAAUAUUUUUAAAUUCAGCUAUUUUGUGAAGAUAUGAGUUCCAGAAAGGAAAGGUGACAUCAGAAAAAUUAUCAAAAGCUAUUUUAAAGCAGCUAUAAGAUGGUCUCUCUCUUGCUCUCUUUAUUGUUUCUCUUCAUUUGAGUUAUACCUUCAGACUUACUUUCUGAAAGGUUAGGGAAUAAAUUCUCAUUUUUCAUAAAUAUUGAAGAAAAUCAGGCUUUUUUUCCUCCAAAUACUUUGGACAAACCACAUAUUUAAAAUUUGUUCUUGUAUUUAUUGGUUUUGCAAAAUAAGGCAUCGUUAUACACAGUAUUUGUAAUUAAAAGCAGAUCAUUUGUUUAAAAACAGCAGUUUGCAAAAAAAUGUUUUUGGUCUUUUAUAAUUAUCAUUAAAAGAAUAUCUGGCAAAUUAAAAAA